AUGUGGGUCAUACCCUUGCGGAUGGCCUUUGCCACCCAGCCUUCCAGCCUGCCGGAAGACAUGUUCGUGUUGAAGCACUGGAAUGGGAAGUGCGUUCGCGCGGAAUCUGGAAGCACAAACCCCGGAAAUGACGAUCGUCUCGUGUUCUCCGACUCGUGCAACACGUCAACCGCUCUGCUUUUCAAGAAGGUGUACUUUCAGAGUGGCAGCGACUACUUCAACCUCCAGCUUCAGAAUGGCAGAUGCAUCCAUCCUCUAGGGGGCUCGGCUUCCAUGAAUAACCAGCUGGUGUUUUGGGACUGGUGUGGAAAAGACUCUAAUGACGACAAGACAAUGUUCACCUUCGUGGCCGAGGGGGCCGACUUCGUUUGGAAGCACAGGGAGACCGGCAACAUGUGUGUGCAUCCCUACCUUGGCACUCCUCCUGUAGACGGCCAGUACUUGGUCCUUUUUCCUGACUGUAGGCCGUCUACCAAGCUCUUCUUCACGGAAGUGAAUCCUCUUACAGACUCUUCCACGGUGAGGUAA